UAUUCCUCAGGAUUUUGCAUUUCAAUCUGUGUUUGUGGUUUGCUUUCUAAGCGUUUUCACAAUUUGUAACACCAAAUUUAGUUCCCUUCGUCUCAUAGUUUCACUUUUUGUUCUGUUUUUACAUCAACUUUGCGGUUUCUUGUUUUUUCCCAUGUUAAAAUGGAAUAUGAGGAGCUCCCUAGAGAGAGGCUAUCAAGGUUUUGAGGUAAGAGUUUACAUUUUUUAUAACAAUAACUUGAGCUGAAGUUUAUAAAAUAUUUAGAAAGCACUUUGGCUGAAAUCCCCAGCUUGAGCGCAACGUGCGUAAUUUACCGGAGCUCAUCCAUUCAAGCGGUGAUGGAGGCAGAGUCACUCAAGAAACUUGAGCCAAAGUCGGGUCAGCUUUUACAGUAAAUGAAGUUUACCUCUAAACAAUUACAAGAUCGAUUUAUUCCUCUCGUUUUUUUUUUUUUUGUUUUUGUUUUUUUCACAAGAGUACAUUUCGGUACUUAAAACUUGCUCUGACAUAAAUAAGAGGGCGAAGAAUAGCAGCAGUGUCAGUGUUGGUAACAUGCUGUGAUUGUAGUUACUACCCAAGCAACUGCUGUGACUGCUCACCCCGUGGAUGAAGAUGGACCCUCCUUCCCUGUGCGUCCUCCAGACUCUGCUGGUGCUGACACUGUUGCCCCCUGCCGCUCCUGCUCCCUGCCCCCGGCCCUGCUCCUGCCCUCAGCCCACUGAGCUCCACUGCACCUUCCGCUCCCUCUUCACCAUCCCAGCUGCUGUCCCCAAACAUGUGGAACGAAUGAACCUGGGGUUCAACAGCAUUAAUAAGAUCACAAACAAAUCACUGGUGGGCCUGAGGAAGCUGGAGCUACUGAUGGUACAUGGAAACGACAUCCACAACCUGCCUGAUGGAGCAUUGAGGGACCUCAAUUCACUUCAGAUGUUGAAGCUCAGCUACAACAAGCUGACGGAGAUCAACAGACACACCCUCCAGGGUCUGUGGUCUUUGGCCAGGUUACAUCUGGAUCACAACCGACUCGAGUUCAUCCACCCGGACUCCUUCCAGGGCCUCACUUCCCUUCGGCUGCUGCAGCUCGAGGGCAACCAGCUUCAGCAGCUGCACCCGGCCACCUUCACCACCUUCACGCUUAUGGGCCACUUCCACAUCUCCACGCUGAAGCACCUCUACCUGUCAGACAACGGACUGAUGUCUCUGCCCUCCAGGCUGGUGGCGACCAUGCCUCAGCUGGAGAACCUGUACCUCCAUGGGAACCCGUGGACCUGUGACUGCAACAUGAGGUGGAUCUAUGACUGGGACAAAACAUCUCUAGGUGUCCUGAAAUGUAAAAAGGACCGGGCCCUUCCUGGUGGCCAGCUGUGUCCUAUGUGCUCCUCUCCCAGACACCUCCAGCGAAAAGAGAUCCACCUUAUGGAGAACCUGGCGUGCAGUGGACCCGUAAUCAGCUCUCCCCACAGAACGAUGCCACCUGAGAGUGUCGACAGUGAGGUUUUGCCCAGAGAAGACUUCAAAGAACCUUUUGGCAACAUCUCCUUGGGUCUGUCUGAUGAACAUGGAAACGAGGUGGAUCUGGAGUGCGGAAUCGGUCAGCCAAGAGAGCUUAACAAGAUCAGCUGGGAGCAGGUCAGCCACUUCCAUUUGGCCUCCAACAUCACUUUAUCAGUAGAUCUUGAAUGUCCUGUUGAUAGAGAAAAAUAUGAGCGACUGUGGAGGCUAAUCGCAUACUACAGCAGCGUGCCAGCCCACUUACAAAGAGGAAUUAUGCUUAGCGAAAACCCUCACCCAACCUAUGUAUACAGACAGGACUCUGAGAAGGACGCGCUGUACUACACAGGUGUUAAAGUGAACAUGAUGGCCCAACCAGCAUGGCUGAUGCGGACAUCUUUAGACAUUCAGCUGAACCGACUUCAGUCAUCUGCCAAGACGGUAAAAUUGAUUCUGAGCACAGACCUGUCAGAGACGGUGGAGGCGGAGCUGGUGCAGAGGCAGAGGAGGACAUGGGUCAUGAUCGAGUCAACAAACACGACUAGUAAAGCAUUGAGUGCUGUCCUGGGGAAACCAAGUCAAAUGUACUGUAGCGUGCACAGCUCUGGCCAACCGGUUAUACAGUGGAUGUUGCCAGACGGCUCCAAAGUGAAGGCACCGUACAGCCGUCCAGACAACGGCAUGUCUGUGUCCAGUGAUGGAAGGCUGGUCAUUAAAGCUGUCAGCCACACAGAUGCAGGAAUUUACUACUGCAUCGCAAGGGUUCAUGGAGACUUUGCUGUCUUGCCGUUCCAUCUGACAGUGCAGGAAUCCUCCAGUCCUCCCCCUGGGGAGGACACAUCAAUUUCACCUAUUGAGGGAUUUGCAGGCAACUCUGUUUCCCUGCCUUGUGUGGCAUCUGGUGCCCCUGAUGCUGAAAUUAACUGGAUUCUACCAAGCAGCAACAUAGUUAGUUUUCAAGCCAACUCUUCCAGAGUUGUAGUCUUUUCAAAUGGCACUCUACACAUACCACAGACUCAGUUAUUAGACAGUGGUUAUUAUAAAUGCAUUGCUAUUAAUCAACAUGGUGUUGACACACUGGCUACUAAAAUCACCAUUGUCAGGCGGACGGGACUGAUAAGGCCUUUGAGGAGGUUUCCAGCAAGACCUCAGUCAGCCUCAGGGGUCAACACACAGAUUAAAGUCCCAACAGAGGAUACAGAGGAGGCAUCAGGGGACAUGGAGGUGAUUCAGGAGGAGCCUCCAGUGAGCCGCCUGGAUCCUUUGAGAAGGAGAAUCCCAGCAGGUGUCGCCCCUGGCAGGAGGGGCAUGCAUCCAUCCAGGAACAUGUGGCGGAGGCCGCCAGUGCUUCGGAAACCUACAGGAUCACGGUUUGAAGACAGGAAGGUUACAGUUGACAACAGAAGGAGGAUUAAUAUGUCAAAGAGCAAAAUAGACCCAGAGAAAUGGGCUGAUAUUUUGGCUAAGAUCAGAGACAGAAAUGCCCAGAAUACUGUGACACCACUCCCAGUUCAACACACAACAGAGACUAAAGCAACACAGCAGACAACCCUUUCACAAGAAACUAUUGAAGGGUCAUCAGAUGGUGUGACUAUGCAGGAAAAAGACAGCCAGAAUUACUUCACAACACCACGUGCUCCUAUACAACAGACACAAUUGCAAGCUACUAGACAUUACACACAAGGGAAAGACACACAUGUGACUUCUAUGACUUCAGUCAGUCAGCACACACACAACAUACAUGCCACAACAGAGCCAUACACAACACAGAGCACAUACAGUGUACAGCACACAACCCAUGAUACAAACUUGGACUUACACACAAGUUCAAACAGUGUAUUUUUCCUCCCACAGACCACAUCUGUUCCUCUACACGCUGUCACUUUCUGGCAGGCUAGCCCAAACAUUGCAGGCAGCAGCGGUACAUUUUCUCUACAAGAGAACCAUAGCACAAAGACAGAUGUUGACGGAGACCAAACAGCUGAUUGGUCUAAGGCAUCGGAGAGGAGUGAGAAUGCAGAUAGGCAUAAUGCUGUUGCCAGCUCAAAUAAUGACAGAGAAGCCUUUUUUAGGGGAAGUCAAAUUAUCCCUUCAGCCAACCCAAAUGAAUCUGUCACAAGCCAAGAAGAAAAUGGAAAAUAUCUUAGUGAGACUACAACAGCAUCACAGUUGCACACUCAGUCAAAGGAAACAACACUUCAUGAACUGCAGCCUGAAGCAUUGCUCACGACAGCAUCUCCCACAACUACAUUUGUGCCCAGUACUGUGGGAGGGUCGGAGGGGGAAUCCCACCUCCGACAACCAAACUCCAGGAGAAGGAAUGGGGGUCGGAAGAGAAAGCCAAACAGAAGGAGACAAAAGCUGAAUAAACCCAACCAGUUUACGGCCACCACACCUUCAGUUGCUCCCCUAGCAACAGCAAAGACCACCGCCUCCACAGAGCUAAAAAUAAAACCAUCAGAGGUUACAACAGUUGAUUUUAGCACCACUGUUCCGUUCUCUGGCAGCCAAGUAGCGUCGUCAGGCAGUCUGAGUCAUAAAGACAGCACAGUCUCCAGGCAUGACCAUGAGGCAGCCAUCGAACCCUACUCACUACCAGCUUCUCCCUCCGAAACAAAGGACAGCCAUCUGCCCCCAGCCAAACCACAGCUCGAGAGCACAUCAGUGGCACCAUCAUUUCCAGCAACCUCUCCAGGAGUGGGUCACGGAAAGACGAGUUCUCAAACAGCCCUUUCAGAAAGUGCAUCUCCUCCGGAGCGCUUCGAUAUGCUCACAUCAACCGUGCAGCAGAGGUUUCAAGAUCUUCCACCUGUUAAUCCCUCUGAAGAGACACAUUCUGGAUCACAGUCUGACAAUACUUUUGAUGGUGUUCACAUUGUAACACAAGUGGAAACAGAUGUUCAAGAGAAUCAAUCAAGUUAUCAAUACACACCUACUGAAACGGGUGGAAAGAUGCUUUUGAAAGAGUCUGGAAUAGAUUUCUCACCACUGCCGUCCUCCUCCAGUGCAGCUGCUUCUUUCCCUGAGAACACAAUCACGACAACUUUUGGAUACACUUCCAAUGGAUUAAUUCUGAUUCCAAGCACGCUGGAUUAUUCUGAGACAGGAAAGGUUACAACAAAGUCACCUGAAAAUUUGUAUCAUGACCCUGGUCAAAAUGAAACCACAAGUAGUGGCUCAGAGGUGGAUCAAAAUCCAACAGAAAAUGAAAACAUAGAAGUUGAUGCUCUUGUUACAGAUACCAUAAAAACAACACCUCCCUCUGCUUUGUCAUCACGUCCUGAUAUUUUAAUGUCAUUCAGAGUCUCGCCACAUGUCACACAACUUGGAACAUCUUCUACAAGUCCUAAAAUGAACACUUCACUGGGAGCAUCCACCCAGGAGGCUCCCGGGAUCACAGUCACCCAGAGUGAGGUCAAAACAAAGCCCAUCACCACCACAUCAGAGCCCAAGAGAACAGCAAACCUCCAUCCUGCAACCCAGCCACCUGACCACAAACAAGCCAGCCAAAAUCCAAUUUUCCCAGCCAUGGAACUGCCCAGCAGGUAUUUAGUCGAGCAGACACCCACCCCUGCCCCAACAGUUUAUGCAUCUAAUCCAUCCAAAGACAGACUGCUAACAAGCACUCGGGAUGCAUCCAGAGAGGACCAACUACCUGGACGAGAAUCUAUUCCAAGAGGGAAGCCAAGGAUAACUAAGAACAAUUUCCAGACUUUCACUGUGAAAGCUGAAACAGAUGCUCAGCUUCCUUGUGAGGCUCAAGGCGAGCCAAUGCCCUUCCUCUCAUGGACUAAAGUUGCCAGUGGGGCAAGUAUUGCUCAGAACACCAGGGUCCUGAGGUUUGAGGUCCACCCAAAUGGUACACUAAUCAUCAGGAACACACAGCUCGUGGACGCAGGCCAGUACCUGUGCACAGUCCAGAACCAGUAUGGCAUAGACAAGAUGGUGGUCAACCUUGUGGUCCUGUCUCAGCAUCCACGCGUCCUCCAGCCUCGGCACAGAGACAUCACUGUGCAUCUCGGUGAUAAAGUUGAUUUGGAGUGCAAAGUGGAGGGACAUCCUGAGCCUCAAGUCACGUGGGUGCUCCCUAACCUAGUCCACAUGGAUGCUGCUGUUGGUUUUUCCAUUCAGCAGCGUGUAACUGUCAUGAACAACGGAACCCUUCGGAUCAGCCAGGCCAGUUAUACUGACAGAGGGAUUUAUAAGUGCAUUGCCAGUAGUCCAGCUGGAGCUGACACUGUCUCAGUACGUCUUUACGUCUCAGCGUUGCCACCUGUGAUUAAGCAGACACAACAUGAGAACACCACCCUUCCAGAAGGCACCACUGCCUACAUCCACUGCACUGCCACAGGUGCCCCUCAGCCUGCCGUUCACUGGAUCACACCAGAUGGUGUACAGCUCACAGCUUCCCAGUUAGUUACUGGACAGAAUCUCAUUGUUUUCCCCAAUGGAACCCUCUACAUACGGGCAUUGGGCCCCAGAAAUGCUGGGAGAUAUGAGUGCUCAGCCAGUAACAUAGUGGCAUCCAGCAGGAGAACUGUGAUCUUAAGCAUAAGGAGGAAUCCAUCUUCCACCAAGGCCAGUAUCACGUCCUCGUCUCCCCAGAGAACAGAUGUGAUCUAUGGGGAUAGGCUGCUACUCAACUGUGUGGCAACAGGAGAGCCAGAGCCCCGAAUCAUCUGGAGGACACCCUCAAAGAAGCUAGUGGAUGCUCAGUACAGUUUUGACCCCAGGAUCAAGGUUUACUCCAAUGGCACGAUAACCGUUCGUUCUGUUACCAACACAGACAGCGGCGACUACCUGUGUGUGGCACGUAACAAGAUGGGUGAUGAUUAUGUUCCACUGCGUGUCAAUGUGCUGACCAGACCAGCCAAGAUCGAACAGAAGCAGCAGCGAUCCAGGCAGGAGGUGGUGUACGGUGGCGACCUGAAGGUGGACUGUGUGGCCUCUGGUCUCCCCAACCCCGAGAUCAGCUGGGCCCUGCCGGAUGGCACCAUGGUCAACCCGGUCAAACAGAGAAAUACUAUCAGCAUGGGGCGCAGUCGCAGGUAUGUGGUAUUUGACAAUGGGACGCUUUUCUUCAACGAUGUCGGCAUGCCAGAAGAAGGUGACUACACCUGCUAUGCAGAGAACCAACUUGGCAAAGAUGAGAUGAAGGUCAGAGUUAAGGUCAAGGUUGCAACUUCUCCGCCACAAAUCCAAGGUAAAGACCAGCAGACCGCCAGGGUUUUCUAUGGUGAGACAGUGACUAUAAGAUGUUAUGCCAAAGGUGAACCACGGCCCACCAUCACAUGGAUUUCCCCUACAAAUAAAGUGAUCUCACCUGCAUUAGACAAAUACCAGGUUCUGGAUGAUGGGACACUGGUUGUUCAAAAGGCCCAACGUUUUGAUGGAGGUAACUACACCUGCAUGGCUAGGAACAAUGCAGGACAAGAUCAUAAAGUCACCAAGCUGGAGGUCUUGGUAACUCCUCCAGUGAUUAAUGGCUUAAGAGGAACUGCCAAUGCCAUCAAGGUAACCGCAGUCCAGGAUCAACAAAAGCUGGUGGACUGCUUGGCAAAGGGAACACCCUCCCCUCGCAUCAUGUGGGUUCUUCCAGGAAAUGUAAUACUUCCUGCGCCUUACUACAGCAAUAGGAUGGCAGUUCAUCAGAAUGGUACCUUGGAAAUCAGGUCACCCAAGAUCACAGACUCAGGGCAACUGGCUUGUAUUGCUCGUAAUGAAGGAGGGGAAGUCAGGCUGGUGGUUAACUUGGAUGUGAAAAAAGUUGUCAAGAGGCCACAAAUUAGAGGUUCCAAAACAGAUAGCCUGUCACUGACUGUUGGGAAUGAUAUGACUUUGAAUUGCUCCUAUGAGGGCUUGACACUACCUCACGUCACUUGGAUCUUACCCAGCGGCACUCCUUUGCGGAGUGGUGCUCGGUUCUCUAAGUUUUUCCACCGGCUCGAUGGCUCUUUGAUCAUCAGCAACCCUUCUAUUGCUGAGGUUGGUAUGUACCGCUGUCUGGGGCAUACUUCUGGAGGGCCUGUGGAGCGUACAGUCACACUGUCCCCUGGAAGAAAGGCAGAGAUCAACAAUAGAUAUAACUCUCCUGUCAGCGUCAUGAAUGGGGAAACACUGUUGCUUCACUGUCAAACCGUUGGCGAACCCCUUAGAUUGGCCUGGACUCUACCCAGUGGGGUUGUCCUCAACAGGCCACAGAGAGCUGGACGAUAUGCAAUACUGCCCAAUGGGACACUUGCCAUCCAUCAGGUAUCCAUCUACGAUCGGGGGGCCUAUGUUUGUAGAGCUGCUAAUGAGUAUGGCAGCUCUCUUCUUUCUGUAUCGGUGACUGUGAUUGCAUACCCACCUCGAAUUACCAACGGUCCUCCCUCAGUGACUUAUGCUAAACGCGGUGUUGCUGUUCAGUUAAACUGUGUAGCAACUGGGAUCCCUAAAGUGGAGGUUGCAUGGGAAACACCUGGUAAAGCCCGUUUGGCUGUCAGUGGGCAGCCACGACUUUUUGGAAACAAGUACAUCCAUCCACAAGGUUCCCUCAUUAUCCAGAAUCCGACACAAAGAGACGCUGGCAUCUAUCGAUGCACAGCCAGGAAUGCCAUUGGCAUAGACUCUAAAGCAACAUUUCUCAAUGUGUUCUAAAGAAUUUCACUGUUCAUCAUGUUCCAUUGCUAUACUGUAUGCCCAAGCAACUGCCUGAUUAAAAGCAACUAAUGUUUUUAAUUUUAAAAUGUAGUAAAAACUACUGUCACAAAGAUUAAAUAAUGAAUUGAUUAAAACCUACAGUGGUGCUUUGAGAGUGAGGCCAAUUUGAUGAUAUUUUGUGUGCCAUAGGUUACUAUUUUCAUCAAUCUGUAUAUUAUUUCCAGUUGAGAAAUAUCAAUCAUUCUCAAAUUUUAAGCAGUUAGAUAGAUUUUAUGGCUAUGAUUGCCAAAGGCUUGCGUGUGCUGGAUGUCUCUGGCACUCUAUCACACCAGGUAAUGGUACUAAUAAAUGAUUGCACCAAAUGCCAUAAUAAAGCCAUAGUUAAUUAAUAUAUAUGGACACAUUUCUAAACUUCUUUAUCGUUGAAGUGACUCAGGGAAAUGCGACACAAAGAUGAGUGUCUCAAUAUUCCUGCUAUUAUAGUAACAAACCUGCAACCAAUCAAGUUAGAGAGUGCUUGCCAUCAGUAAAGCUGUACAGUGCUUUAAACUCUUUAGCUUAAAAAUAUAAAUUGUUCAGAAAUUUAAAGCAUCCAGAGCUCAAAAUACACUAUUGGGCAAUCAUUCCGAUUUUUUGGCAGGCAUAUGAGUGCAGCUGUUUCAACAUAUGUUGCUGCAGGGGCACAAUGCAGUCAUUCAGAGCUCAUGUGUGAAUGUAUAUCUUUAUAUGUCAUGGUCCAUAGCCCACGACUACUGUCACACAGACCCCACACAUUUCAGCACAUAGGCCACACCAAUUUGGCAACGAGUCACCAAAUGGUGUAUAACAAAGAAUAGAUGGGGUGGAGAAGUAGAUGUUCAUCCAAGAUUGCAAUUUUGCAACUUCAGUGUAAGCAAAAGGAAAUUUAGAGGCGUUAUAGAAUGCAACUACAUGCUAGAAAAUAUGUGCAGGAAAAAUUAGCAGGAUUUAUGUUGUGGGGCCUGGACUAUUUAAAAAAAAUGAUCCAAAACAGUUUCCUUGUAUGCCUCAUAGUUUGAGAAUUAGGAACAAAAAUGUCAAAUUCAAUCAUGCAUUCAUUCAUUCAGCCUUUUUUUACACUUCAGAGUACAUGGGGUAUGAAGACCUCAUUUACAAGGUAGCCAAUAAGAAAAUAAGAGAUGUAGAUGCACAAAUAACAAACUUAGAUAGUAAUACAUUUUUUUAAAGACAAAGUUAAUAAAACAAUGAAAACAUUAAUUAAAGCAGCCUUUAAGAGCAGCUGAAGGUAAAAUAAGAUUAAAUUAAAAAUCUGAUUUGCCCAAAGGAUAAAAAUAAAUCAAGCAUCAAGAUUGCUCAUUCCAGGUUGCAGGAGCAGAGCGAGUAAAACUGCAUUUUCCAGAAACAGCCAAUACCUACAGCAUAAUUCAAUCAUUUGUUCGAUAAAGGCCCACAUUAAAACCACCAGCCACACAAUGGUGCCAUUUACACCUAUGAGUAUUAAUUUUUUGAUUGAUUAGAGUCUAAUUCGCCUGUCAAAUUUAAACAAUGUUCUGUAGCUUUUUGCAUCCUAACAGCUAAAGCAUCUGUGUACUGCAAACCUAAAAAUUUCACAAUUUUUAUAUUCCUCAGCAGCUUUGGCCUGUACAACCAGGAAUGCAUCAGGCUUUGCCUCUAAAGCAUUUUAUUCUUUGAUCUUUUCUUGAUCAGUUUGCAAAGACUCUCUGUAGCAUCCUCAGCUGUACACAUCUCUUUGCUUUGAUGACAGCUUCUGACAAUGACAGAUUAUGUCAAAUAUUGAAAAGAACUGUAUAACUUCUCAUUUUCUAACUAGGAAAUAUUGUUUAACUUAAUAACAGAAUUGAUGGAAAGUAUGUAUAAUGUUGCUAAGAUUUCUUUUAGAUGAUUUUCCUUUUUUUAUAACUCCUAAUUGGAUCUGUUGGUAUCAUUUGCAUUUCAUUGAAGUCCAUGUUAAAUAUUUUCUGUGUGUUUCCAUUGCAACCAUCAGAUAUUCCCGUAGUUGAAUAUUUUCUUGCCCACAGCUUCUUCAAAUCUGCUCCUACAAAGAGCAGAGACAGGUAAUAUGUCCUCAUUUGUAAAUUAUUUGUCUUUGACAGACGGUGAUGCAUAAUAAUUGUCCAUAUUUUAAUAAAAGAUUUCCUCCUGUUUCUAAGC